CCAAUUGCCGUGGUGGGUAUGGCGAUGAGACUUCCUGGAGGGAUUCGCACAGAGGAUCAGUUUUGGAAUUGUUUGAUCAGAAAAGGAGACGGUCACUGUGAGGUGCCGAAGAACAGAUACAAUGCAGAUGCAUUUUAUCAUCCGACAAAGGAACACUGUACGAGAACCAAGUAUGGAUAUUUCCUGAAAGAUGAUCCGGCCUGCUUCGACGCGCAGUUUUUCUCGGCGCGUGACCACGAAGCAGCCAACAUGGACCCGCAGCAGCGGCUUUUGCUAGAGUUGGUUUGGGAAUGUCUUGAAAGUGCAGGGGAGACCAACUGGGAAGGAAGGGACAUCGGUUGCUUUGUUGGGGUUUUCGGAGAAGACUGGCUGGGUCUUGCCCAUCGGGAUCCACAGACUGUCAACCGAUUCCAUGCUCUCGGCACCGGAGAUUAUGCACUGGCGAACUCCAUCUCCUAUAAGUAUGACUUCCGGGGCCCAAGUAUGACAAUCCAAACAGCUUGCUCAUCCUCCCUGGUUGCAGUUCAUGAAGCAUGCCAAUCGUUGGCUGCCGGAACUUGUUCGUCUGCUAUUGUUGCUGGCAGUAAUCUUAUCUUCACCCCAACAAUGACAGCGAGUCUGUCCGACAACACGGUACUUUCCCCUAGUGGGAUUUGCCGAACUUUCGAUGCGAAUGCUGAUGGCUAUGGACGAGGUGAAGCGAUCAACGUCGUGUACCUCAAGCGCCUUGAUAAGGCGGUACAGGCAAAUGACCCGAUCAGGGCAGUCAUUCGAUCAACUGCCGUGAACUUCGAUGGGAAAACGGCAAACAUAACUGCUCCGUCGGUCCGCUCACAAGAGAGUCUAAUUAAGAGCGCAUACCAGCGGGCUGGAAUUGACGAUCCCUCUGAGACGGCCUUCGUGGAAUGCCAUGGUACUGCAACAAUUGCAGGUGAUGCAGUCGAGACAACAGCAGUUGCAAACUGCUUCAAACCCAAGGGGGUGGUUAUUGGCGCGGUAAAACCCAAUUUUGGUCAUUCGGAGGGUGCGUCAGGUAUCACCAGUCUUAUCAAAGCUAUUUUGUCACUUGAGCGCUCGACUAUUCCUCCGAAUGCACACGUUGAGUCCUUGAACCCACGGAUUCUUGAAUCCGGCUUAACGGUGCCUCUAGAACCCAUGGAUUGGCCCGCUGAUCGACGACUAAGGGUCAGUAUAAAUGGGUUUGGCGUAGGUGGCGCGAAUGCUCAUGUCAUAUUGGACUCUACGUCGGAAUUCUCUCUCAGUCAUCAUGGCCCGCAGUUCUUCAGCCCAUUAGAAGGCAACAAGCUACUUGUUGUAUCGGCGCGCGACCCAAGGAGUUUGCAGACCCGUAUUCAGCAGGUAAGUGACUAUGCAAAUAACAACCCUGAUAAACUUCAUGAUCUUGCCUUUACCCUCGGGGUAAGAAGGGAGCAUUUGCCACACCGCGCAGUGUGUGUGGCUUCUUCGAAGACUCCGAUCGACAACUCAAUGUUCCAGAAAUCUCAUGCUCAAUCCCUGCCUCAGCUUUCAUUCGUAUUUACUGGGCAAGGGUCCCAGUGGGCAGGCAUGGGAAAGGGACUCCUGGAAACAUAUGACAGCUUUCGGGCAGAUAUUAUGAGGCUCGAGGAGAGCCUCAAAAUGGUUGAAGACCCACCAACAUGGUCUCUUCAAGAGGAACUUAUCCGCACAUCCGAGUCGCGCGUUAACGAGGCGGAAUUCUGUCAGCCACUUUGCACUGCAGUGCAGGUUGGGCUUGUCAAUCUCCUUGCAUCCUGGGGAGUCAAACCGGAAGCUGUAGUUGGACAUUCCAGUGGUGAAAUCGCAGCAGCUUACGCAGCAGGUGCUCUCUCGGAAAGUUCGGCCAUCAUACUCGCUUACUAUCGCGGUAAGCUUGCCAAAUCUCAAACAGGGCUGGGCGAGAUGGCAAGUGUUGGCCUCUCCAGUGACGAUGUAGCUCCGUAUCUCAUUGAUGGAGUGGUAAUCGCCUGCAAAAAUAGCCCAACGAGCGUUACUCUUUCGGGGGAGACGAGCAAGAUUGACCUGAUAGUGAAGAUGAUCAGGGAUGAACUUCCUGAUACCUUUUGCAAGAGACUGGGAUUAGGAGUUGCUUAUCAUUCCCAUUAUAUGAAGUCUGUGGGGCCUCUUUAUGAGGCCUCUAUCUCCAGACACUUACAAAACAACCCUCAAAUGUUGCCGAUGCUGUCAAGUGUCACUGCGGAAAUGAUCCUAGAUCCUCAGGAACUUGAUGCUGCCUACUGGAGACGCAACCUCGAGUCCCCUGUUCUCUUCGCAGAUGCAGUGAGCAACCUGCUAGCUAAUGACAAACACCACGUUUUCAUUGAGGUUGGCCCGCAUUCUGCGCUAUCGGGGCCUUUAAAGCAGAUCUUCAAGUGCCAAGGGCUGAAGCAAAGUCCGUUUUACAUACCUACGCUUGUUCGCUACGACACUAGUUCUGAGGCACAGCUCUUAUCCGCGCUAGGCUUGAUUCAUAUCAAUGGAGCCUUUGUGGAUUUAAUCUCAGUGAAUGGCAAAGGCCGCCCUUUGACAGAUCUCCCGCCGUACCCAUGGCAGCAUGGAGUGCGAUACUGGAACGAAAGCCGACUAGUAAGGGAGUGGAGAUUGAAUGGAACGCCCUCUCAUGAAUUGCUCGGUUCACGUUGUCCCGAGUCUACAGAUCUGGAGCCUUCGUGGAGGAACAUACUGAGCUUGGAAAGCGUCCCCUGGCUGUCUGGGCAUGUACUUCGAGGUCAAGUAGUGUUCCCUGCAGCUGGGUAUAUCACUAUGGCAGGUGAAUCAAUUCAACAACUCACCUCGGAGACUGAGGGAUAUACAGUCAAGGACGUUUUAUUCAAGAGCCCCCUAGUCAUAGGUGACUCUAGUUCUAUGGAAAUUAUUACGUCUCUACGGCCAAAUAAGGUAAACGACUUAAUGAAUUCAGAGUGGUUUGCAUUUUCCAUAUCAAGUUACAACAGCAAGGACUGGAUCGAGAACUGCAGCGGUCACGUUCGAGCAGGAGCUAAUGAUCAAGGUAGCCAUGUGCAAGUAGAGGGCUAUGCGCGUCGCCUAUCCUCCGAGACGUUUUACAGUGCUCUGUUUGAUCGUGGCCUUUCUUAUGGGACGCAGUUUAGUGGUCUACAAAAUAUCUCUGCCGACCCCUUGGGCGGAAAAGCCUCGGCCAGCGUGAAUACAGUAGAGCAUAACGAGAGUCCUUACCUGAUUCAUCCGGCUAUGAUUGACCAAUGUCUCCAGCUCAUGACGGUUGCAGGUGCAGCAGGCAUUUCUCGCCGCAUAGUCAAGAAUGCAAUCCCUGCCUCGGUCGAACGAAUGUCCAUUAGGAGGGGUGGCCACCAUAUGGAGGUUGGUAUAUCUGUCAAACAGGAAUCCGCCAACUACCUGACAGGAGAUGCAACUGCUGUGCUCGAUGGAAAAGUAGUACUUUCCAUGACGCGUGGGAUUCUCUUCUCAAGGGGUGAACAGGGGAAAGCCGAGUCCAUCCCACUAUUUUCCCAGAUGCAGUGGAGGCCCGACAUUGACUUCCAGCAUCCCCAAUCGCUACUGCCACACACUGAGUUGUCCGCGGCCCAGGUCGAAUACCUAGACACAGUGAAAAAGUUAUCGCUCCUCUAUAUACUACAAACGGCCGACAAAAUCAAGGGUAUACACCCGAAAAGUCCACAUCUAACCAAAUGGAGAAGUUGGAUUUUGGCAGAAGCAGACAGGAUUCUGUGCGACAGCCAGAUGUUAGAUUCCAACUGUGAGAAGUGGGCGGGGAUGUCAAAUGCAGAAAAGGAGGCUAUUAUUGAAACCUUGAGCAUUGGCCUAGCCAAUGAAGAGAGCCCCGACGGCACGAUUCCAGCUGUAUGUAUGGAUCAGAUCCAUGCGAACUGCCAAGGAAUCAUCUCUGACGAGGUUUCUGCACUGGACCUCCUACUGGAUGACAAUCGGCUGGGGCGUUACUACGCUUACGGCCAAAGAUAUGCAAACUGGGAUGUCUUUCUGACUCUGCUGCGUCACUCAAAGCCAGGACUACGCAUCCUCGAAAUUGGAGGGGGCACCGGAGCUGCCACAGCAGCUGCACUACAAUCAUUAUGCGUGUCAUGGAUACCUAUGUAUGCCCGAUAUGUCUUUACUGAUAUAGCCCCCAGCUUCCUCGCGGCAGCCCGCAGUAAGUUUGAACGUUACCGAAAAUUAGAAUACAAGGUCCUCGAUAUCUGCCGUGAUCCGCUCGAGCAAGGCUUCGCAGCUAACGAGUUUGAUCUUGUCAUCGCAUCGAACGUUCUCCAUGCAACCCCGAUAUUAAAGCAUUCUCUUGAGAACGUCCGGAAGCUGCUCGCCCCGGAUGGACGUUUUCUUCUCCAUGAGUUGCACUCAGACAUGAUAUGCACUGACUACAUUAUGGGAACAUUGCCUGGAUGGUGGGUGGGUGAACAGGACGGACGUAUAAACAAGCCUUACAUUAGCCCGGAGAGAUGGCACCAGGAGCUACAGACUGCUGGCUUUACGGGGACUGAGGCAGUAUGCCAUGACUUCGAUGCACCCUACCGAUCUUCUGCCACCAUGAUUACAAGUCCUGUUACCGGUCCAAAUAUAAGGUCAACGGUUUCGUUGUUGGUACCUGAUACCAGGUCCCUGAGCACCUGGGCGAAUAUUGUUUAUUCUAGACUCACAGACUUAGGGCAUACGGUGGGAUGGACAACCUUAGAUGAUCCGCCUAGUGAGACAGGGUACAUUAUCUGUUUACUGGACCAAGAGAGCUCGUUUCUCUAUGGGUUGGCUGAAGAAAGAUAUAAUGCCCUGAGAGACUAUCUGGUACAGGCUAGUCGAUGCCUUGUACUGUGGGUUACCCAGAGCACGCAAGUCCUUUGUCAGAACCCGAAAUUUGGCCUGGCACCAGGAUUCGUGCGGUCUACCAGGCACGAUUUGAUGAUCGAUUUCUGCCUACUCGAAGUCGAAUCAUUUGAUCUGGGUGCAGCAGACGCCCUUGGAACUGUACUCGGAAAGAUCAGUCAAUCCAGAGAGGCAUCAAAUCAAUCCCUGGAUUACGAGUUUGCCUUAUGCGAUGGCAUCAUCCACACCGCUCGGUGUUAUUGGGGACUAGAGAAUGGAACCAUAGUAUCAGAACCAAAGUUAGAGCUUCCUAAGAGACUGCACUUUCGCAAGAGUGGUCUACUUGACAGUCUAAGAUGGCUAGAAUGUCGCGAACAGGGCCUAGGUGAUGAUGAUGUUGAGGUUGACAUCCACUAUAUUGGUUUGAAUUUCAGGGAUGUUCUAGUAGCGAUGGGCUUCUUUGGCGACGCAGAUCAGCUGGGCGUGGAAGGAAGUGGAACGCUUCGGCGAGUUGGGAAUCAUGUCACCGACCUCGUAGUCGGGGAUCGGGUGUUGGUCUUGGGCCCGGGAAUUUUUGGUACUCGGUUGGUCGUUGAUCGGCAGCGCUGUAGAAAGCUAGAUAAAGGGCUUUCCUUGGAGGAUGCAGCAAACAUGGCGCUUGUGUAUAUGACGGCAAUGUAUUGUUUGGUCUAUGUCGGGCAGAUCAAGAAGGGCCAGACUGUCCUUGUUCAUUCUGCAUGUGGCGGAUUCGGGAUGGCCGCCAUUCAAGUCUGCACGCUACUUGGUGCAGAAAUCUUUGCAACAGUAGGGAACCAAACCAAGAGAGACCACCUCAUCCAUGAAUUCGACAUCCCCCCCGAUCACAUCUUUGAUUCUAGGAGCGCAAGUUUUCUCCAGUCUUUGAUGGAAGCGACAGGCGGGCGUGGGGUGGAAAUCGUUCUGAACUCUCUGGCUGGAAAUUUGCUGCAUGCUUCUUGGGAAUGUGUCGCCCCAUUCGGAAAGAUGAUUGAACUAGGCAAGCGGGAUUUUAUCCUCAACGGCGCACUGAGCCUGAAGCCAUUCCUUAACAAUCGUGCCUUUUUUGGUGUCGACCUGCUUGGGGUAGCAGAAGCAGAUCCAGAGACGCUCCACCGAGAGAUUACUCAGAUUAUAUCAUGGUACGAAGAGGGUAAGAUCCUGCCCAUUCGCCCCGUCACAGUAUUUGAAGCCUGUGACGUGGCGGACGCAUUUCGGUAUAUGCAGCAAGGCACCCAUAUGGGAAAGAUAGUUAUAAGGAUGCCUCAUGACUCUUACCAGCUACCGAGCCCAAUGAUAGAUAGGUGUGCGUCAUUCCCGCUACAAGCAUCCUAUCUUCUGGUUGGCGGUCUCGGAGGUUUGGGGCGUGCAGUAUCCACAUGGAUGGUAGAAAGAGGAGCACGCCAUCUAGUUUAUCUUUCUCGCGAUGCAGGAGCACGACAGGAGGAUAGGGAGUUCAUAUUUGAGCUCGAGAUGGCAGGGUGCCAUGUGCAGUGUGUCAAGGGCAACGUGGCAAACUUGGAGGAUGUGCAGCGUGCCGUUUCAAAGUGCAAAGAGCCUUUGAAAGGAGUUCUGCAGAUGUCAUUGUGCUUGAGGGAUAGUCCCUUUGCUGAAAUGAGCUACGAGGAUUGGCAGGCGUCGAUGGCCCCCAAGGUCCAGGGCACGUGGAACCUGCACAUAGCAGUCACAAAAGAAGACUUGGAUUUCUUUGUUCUGUUCGGCUCCGUGGUUGGGCUCUGCGGAAAUUUGACUCAGGUCAACUACGCAGCAGCCAACACCUUUCUUGAUGCAUUCUCACACUAUCGUCGACAACUCAGCCUGCCAUCCUCGGUCCUGACACUUGGGGCUGUUGGAGAGAUUGGCCUAAUCAGUCGACAGCCACGGCUUCUACAAUCAAUUAAGAGCCUUGGAGCAUGGCUUCUAAAAGAGGAUGAGGUGUUGAAGGGGCUGGAGAUGUGUAUCCUACAGUCUCAUGCACCCAGCCCAACGAGGCCCGGGAUCCAGACUUCAACCCCCAUAAUAGUCGGACUUGGACACACAAGACCGCUUUCCGACCCGACCGUGCGACCCAUGUGGUAUGAUCGCGACGCUCGAUUUGCAUCCUACACAAGCAUCGAAUCCAGUUCAGAGCAGCAGUCUGACGACGCAAGUAGCAACUUGCUAAGGGAUCUAGUCCUUCGGGCAGAAAGGGAACCCUCUAUUGUGUUCACCGAGGAGGCCAGGAAUCUGAUUAUUAAGGAGACGGUUCGCGUGAUUUGCAUGUAUCUGACUGGAUCUGAAGACAUUGACGACGAACAGAAAUUGGCUAUUGUGAUUGACUCUCUUGCCUCCAUCGAGAUCAAGAGCUGGGUACGGCGCAAUCUGGGACUCGAAGUCAGUGUGCCUGACAUUGCCAAGUCGCGCACUGUCGGAGGGCUGGCACAGUUGGCAGUGGACCGUUUGAAAGCUCAUUUUAAGGCGAGGAUGGAGGACAUGGAUGAUGCACAUGAAGGAAUUGCUGCAGAAGUCCCUGACUGAACCUCGAUCAAUGCCGAUCUUCAAGUUCUCGGUGCUGCUAUCUUUCUUUUCAACCUUGAAUGAUGAGUAGUUAGACAUAGGUACACACUAGCUUGAUC